CUUCAGACAGCCAGGACCUUGACCUCUGGAUCUCUCAGAGUCUUCAACAUUUUCCAAGGACUGCAAGAUGGAGAUUCCCACAGGGACCCAGGGCUGCUUUCCAAAGACCCUCCUGGGGUCAGCCUUGAUCUUGGUCCUCUGGCUGCUCCAGUGCUCCCAGGCAGCCCUCCACAUCCAGAAGAUUCCAGAACAACCUCAAAAGAACAAGGAACUUCUCCUGUCCCUACAUGGUGUCCCUGACACCUUCCAAGACUUUACUUGGUACCUGGGGGAGGAGACGUCUGGAGGCACGAGGCUGUUCACAUACAUCCCUGGGCUACAGAGGCCCCAGAGGAACGGUAACGCCAUGGGACAGCGGGACAUCAUCGGCUUCCCCAAUGGCUCCAUGCUCUUGUACCAGGCCCAACCUUCGGACAGCGGGACAUACCAUGUGGCCGUCACCAUCAACCCCUCCUGGACCAUGAAGGCCAAGGUUGAGGUCCAAGUGCCUGAAAUACGAAAGGAUGUGCCAGCUGCCCUUUUGACUGUGAGCCCUGGUAUUCUGGCAGCAGCCAUCGUGGGCGCUCUUGUUGUGGGGUCUGUGCUCAUCAGCAGCCUUGCCUACCUCCUUGUGGCUCGGGGGUGGCAAGGUCGGAGAGAUAAGAUCCCGGCCACAGAGAAGCCAGAGCUGAGCCGGAAUCCUGAAGCGGCCUCAAGCGACAACAACAUUUAUGAGGUUACGCCAUCUCCAGGCUUCUUGGUGUCUCCCCUUAGUGACUCGAGGCCAGCGACCACAGCCACGAUCCCGGCUCCACCCGCAUCCCGACCACCAGAGCCAGAGAACCAUCACUACCAGGAUCUUCUGCACCCUGACCCUGCCGCCUACUGCCAGUUGGUGACAACGUCCUGAGAGGCUCUGAACCGUCCCUGAAGGGCCUCACACCGGAGACACGCAGGAUUAAGACUGUCAUGACGUGGCGAGGUGGGCUGGGCCGCAGACUCAGUAUUUCAUGGGACAAGUGUCC